AGUGUCCCUAACGAACAAUCUCAUUGGUAGGCGGGUUCCCACAGAUCUUCAGAUCUAAACAGCAGUUGGCUUUUAGACAUUAUAUAUAUUAUCAGAAAAGUAGCCUAGUGGUCGUGGGGCACAGAAAAAAUAGAUAUGGGCAGCUCUAAAGACCAGCUGUUAAGACAGACAACUGCAAACUCAUUUAAGCAAGAGAAAAACAGCUCUAAUUCGAGAUUUUGAAGGAACACUUCUAAAUUCAAAGACAUAGCGUUGUCAAGUCAGGAUUUUUUUUUUUAAUGAUAUCCUUUCGAAUGUGUGUAACUGAUUUUGGGAAAAUCACAUGUUCAGAAUUGAAGCUAAAUGGUUUGAUCAGGUUUUCUCUUUGAAGAGACCACAGCCUUAGGAAAUGGUUCUUGAUCUAUAUAAUUCCACCUUGGACACUGGGUUAAUUCUGUUUGCCCCUGGAACACAAUCAUUGCCUAGCACACAGUAAGCGCUCAAAAGCUACUGCAAGCUCGUUACUGCUCAUCCUCCAGAGGCCCACAACAAGUCAGCCACGACUCAAGGAGACGCCAAAGAUAAAAGCUGGAGCCAAAAUAUAUGAUUCUAAACACCCUCCUCAGCUACUGCAAAGCACUGUGAGCACUUUCUCAGGACGAGCCAAGAAGCCCAGCACCUAUCGGUCACCACAGUUUCCGAGGUCCCAGAUGAGAAAGAUGCGCUCGCUACCACCGUGCGGCGAUCCUUCCUCUCGCAAUAGUCUCAGUGCUCCCGGGUCCUGCCUCCGGACGCCAGGACAGAGCUACCAAAAUCUCACCUACUCCGAAGAAACCUAAUUAAUACGGGGGCCGGAAGAGGAAGAGGUGCGGCUCCGACAGCCAGAGGGGCGGGCAUACGCAGCCUCUCUCGGCUCAGCCUGCUACGGGGGAUGCAGAGCGUCCUGGUCGCCAUGAAAACAGGCCACACCCCGGCGAUCCCGGCCCGUGGUUUGCAAGUGCGCAGGCGCGCGCCCCCUUCCGCGCAUGAGCAGUGCUGCUCCCAACCCGCCAGUCGCUGUCUCCGGCGCCAGCUACGCCGCUGCCGCUGUCACUAUGGCCCAUUACAAAGCCGCCGACUCGAAGCGUGAGCAGUUCCGGAGGUACUUGGAGAAGUCGGGGGUGCUGGACACGCUGACCAAGGUGUUGGUAGCCUUAUAUGAAGAACCAGAGAAACCUAACAGUGCUUUGGACUUUUUAAAGCAUCACUUAGGAGCUGCUACUCCAGAAAAUCCAGAAAUAGAGUUGCUUCGCCUAGAACUGGCCGAAAUAAAAGAGAAAUAUGAAGCUAUUGUAGAAGAAAAUAAAAAACUGAAAGCAAAGCUUGCUCAGUAUGAACCACCUCAGGAGGAGAAGCGUGCUGAAUAGGAUUCUUCUCAGUUGAAAAGACAAUGAAAAAUGGUUUUGUAUGACUUGAAUAGUUUGUAUAGUAUAUAAUCUUUUCUGAACAGAUGCUAUAGAACUCUUUUAAUAUGUUUAAUUCACCUAUCACACUCUGUUAAAAACACAUAGAAUCAUCAAUAAAAACUCAAUAUAACUUUCUUUGGGUCUUAAAGCAGGAGAAUCCAAAGUAAAUCCUGAACAAAACCUAAACACAGCCAUCUAACUCAUUACCUUAAAAGACAUUCUGUUUAUUAGUCUGAUUAGGAAUGAUGGCACUGGUUGUAUUUUAGCCAAGACAGUUUAGCAUGGAGCUAUUCCUUGGUGUAGUUCAGGAUAUGAACACAGGUACAGUCAUUCUUUGAAGGUGACACUGUUCUGUAUAUUCCCUAUAGGCAGCUGGAGAGAUCUGUGUGACACAAGAUGCUUUUGUAUGGAUUCCCAUGAAUCUUCUGCUCUUGUUUGUGUGACAUGGAACAAAUAACUUCUUUGCCACCACUUUGCCUUAGAUAACUGUGUGUGUGUGCCAGUUUGAACUCUGACACCACAUUUUCCUUCUAUGCAAUCAUGCCUUGUCUGAUAAUCUUGCAUUGCUUUCCUCUGAGCUUUAGUGGGUCCUAGUUGCACACUGGCCUUUCUGUGCUGUUUUUCAAUUUGCCUAAUAAUAGCAGUUACCCUGAUUGUAAUUUAUGUAACUUUAAACAGGAUCACACUGUACCCCCUGCCUGCCUUAUUUGCUUACUGAGCACAGGACAGAGGCAAUAUACAACUCUGGGUUCACACACAAGCUGAGAUGAGAAGAGGAAUGAGCCAUAUAUUGGGGAAAAUCAUAGUUUGUAGGUAUAACUAUAUAGUGCUUUUCUCCCUCAAAGUAUUUUUCUAGCCUUGAAUUCAUUUUAUCUUCAUUAUCCCUGUGAAGUAGGUGGGACAAGUAUGAGGGGAAGAGGGGUGCUGAAUUUUUAGGCCAAAGACUGAUAUUAAUACAAAUCACUCACUAACUGUAGAGCCUUGGGCAUAUCAGUGAACUACUCUGAGAUUUACUGUCUUCAUCUGUUUAAUGAGUAGAAUGUCCGUGAUGCCUACCUCACAGGGUUGUUGUGAGGGUCAAAUGAGAAUGUAUGUGAAAGAUUUGUAAAUGGUAAAGCACUAUAUUCUUGUUUGUUAGUCCUUUUUCCUUUCUUUGGGUAGACCUACAGUCAGAUGUUUUGUUUUAUGGAUCACUUAUUUUCCUUACUGGUAGACUGUCAUUUUAUAGACAUAUUCCUGUUUCAUAUAUUCUCUCCCUGUUGUUAGAGAACCUAUCUUUGUUUUUGGUCAAAACACACAUAGAAAACAAAAUGAUCCAAUGAAAACUGGUUUAACUAGCAAAAGCCUUGGCACUUGUUGGAGACUAUGACCAAGCCAAUUAAAAGGGCAUUUAAAUCAGCCCUGUUAGUAGGAAUGUGGCUAUGGCUGGUGCCCCUUCUAGUCACAAGUUUGUUUUUGGAGGGGGGCCAGAAGAUCAUUCGCUGGAAUAGAUUUCUCUUUCACCAAUUUGAGUGCCUCCUACAUGGGCAGCAGUGGACUAAGUGCUGGGUAUGAUAAAGAGGAAUGACUUAAUUAUGACACUGUAUAUAAUCAAAUACAGUGUGGGUUAGGACCUGUGACAGACCAUUAUAAUAAAGCAUGGCCCCAUGAGGGUUUUCAAAGAGAGAGAGACUUGGCUUCUUUAGUUGGUAUGAUAGUUUCUUGGUAGAUACAGGUUGAAAUUUUUUUGUGGCAGCCAAUCCUCAUGGGCUUUUUACUCAUUGGAUUAGUGUUAAUAUUUAUGUCAGUAAGCCAGGUGACUGUGACUGUCUUUGGUACCAUCCUUUUUGAACAGAAAGGCAACAUGUGGGUUGGAUAAUCACACUUUUAGGUGAAACUGACUUGCUUAAACUGUAACAGUCACUGCUAUUUAAGAAUUCAGGAUAAGCUUAGCCUCUAGAGGUCCUCUUCAACAUUUCUGUCAAGGAUUUGGAUGAAUACAACAAGAUGCUCCAUGGAAGAGAAAAUGGAUCCCACCAGUUAAGCUCCUAUUAUGCUUCAGCUGCUUUGUCUAUAAAAUACCGACUUCACAUCUUGCCUACCUCACAAGGUUGUUGUAAGAAUCAAAUUAAAUAUAAUGGAUGUAAAAGUGC